CUGGUGUGGGCGGGUUCGGCAAAAAUGUCGCACGCAGCAAGUCACCGAAUUGGCUACCUCUUUCAUUUAGCCCCCUCGCUCCGCUUCUUAUUCGUGGAGUCGGGAAGAACGAUAAAAGCAUCGGGCAGGCAGAAGAGGGUGAAUCCCGCGAGUACGAGAGGGUUCGGCUCCACCGAUGGAGGAGAUCGCCGAUCACCCCUUCACUUCCUCAUCCUCCUCCUCCGUUGAUGGGCAAGCGACCGUGGCCGGACCCUAUUCCUCCGUGGCUGCGCCGCCCCCUCCUCCUCUUGCUCCUCCGUCUCCACCGGCGACGGGCUCCUCAGUCGUCGGGAGGUUCUACGACGACGAUGAUGAGGAGGGGGACGUGUGCCGAAUCUGUCGCAACCCCGGGGACGCCGACAACCCCCUCCGCUACCCUUGCGCCUGCAGCGGGAGCAUCAAAUUUGUCCACCAGGAUUGUCUCCUCCAGUGGCUCAACCACAGCAACGCUCGCCAGUGCGAGGUCUGUAAACAUACUUUUUCUUUUUCCCCUGUUUAUGCUGAGAAUGCCCCUACAAGACUUCCUUUUGAAGAAUUUGUGGUUGGAAUGACAAUGAAAGCAUGCCAUGUUCUGCAAUUCUUCCUUCGGCUGGCUUUUGUUCUUUCUGUUUGGCUCCUUAUGAUACCUUUCAUUACAUUUUGGAUUUGGCGCCUAACGUUCGUGAGGAGUCUUAGUGAAGCUCAGAGGCUGUUUUUCAGUCACAUGUCUGCACCUGUAAUACUCACUGAUUGCUUGCAUGGUUUUCUACUUUCUGCUAGCAUUGUGUUUAUAUUUCUUGGUGCAACCUCUUUAAGAGAUUACUUUAGACAUUUACGAGAACUUGGAGGACAUGACGCUGAGAGGGACGAUGGUCAGGAAAGGAAUGGUGCUCGUGCUGUUAGGAGGCUUCCUGGCCCUGUUAAUAGAGUCCCUGUUGGUGAUGGGAAUGCUGAAGAUGCAGGUGGGGCUCAAGGAAUUGCUGGGGCAGGCCAAAUAAUUAGACGUAAUGCGGAAAAUGUUGCUGCUCGUCUAGAAAUGCAGGCUGCUCGUCUUGAAGCUCAUGUUGAGCAGAUGUUUGAUGGAUUAGAUGAUGCUGAUGGUGCUGAAGAUGUGCCAUUUGAUGAGCUUGUUGGAAUGCAAGGGCCUGUCUUCCAUUUGGUUGAAAAUGCUAUAACUGUGCUGGCAAGUAAUGCUAUAUUCCUGGGUGUUGUCAUUCUUCUUCCUUUCUCAUUAGGGAGGAUUGUCCUCUACUACAUCACAUGGUUCUUUGCAUCAGUCUCUAACCCAAUGAUGGAAAAAGUCAUGCCACUUUCAGAAUCAGCCCUUUCCUUGGCCAACAGCACAUUGAAGAUUGCACUGUCUGCAGCAAUGAACUUGUCAAGUGAAAGCAAUAAUGAAGGCCUCCUGGGGAACAUGAUGGAGGCAGUCACUGGAUCCCAGAAAAUUAAUGUCACUGGUCUACAUGAGUUCUCUAAUAGUGUUGACGGGUCUGUUUCAGCUGAUCUUGUCAAGGGAACAGUUAUUGGCUCCUCACAUCUUUCUGAUGUGACUACUCUUGCAGUUGGAUAUAUGUUCAUAUUUUGCUUUAUUUUCUUUUAUUUUGGGCUCCUUGCUUUGAUCCGAUACAUUAGAGGUGAGAGAAUGAUAUUUGGGAGACUUUAUAAUUUACUUACAAUAGCGGAAGCUGUUCCUUCUCUUCUUAGGCAGCUCCUGGCAGGAAUGAGACAUCUGAUGACCAUGUUUAAGGUUGCGUUUCUUUUAGUUAUUGAACUUGGGGUUUUCCCAUUGAUGUGUGGGUGGUGGCUUGAUGUGUGCACUUUGAGGAUGCUGGGGGCAACAAUUGCUCAAAGAGUUGAAUUCUUUUCUGUCUCACCUGUAUUUAGCUCCUCAAUUCACUGGCUCGUUGGUAUUAUUUACAUGCUCCAGAUCAGCAUUUUUGUCAGUCUUCUUAGAGGGGUGUUGCGGAAUGGAGUUCUCUAUUUUCUGCGGGAUCCAGCAGAUCCAAAUUAUAAUCCAUUCCGUGACCUUAUUGAUGACCCAGUGCAUAAACAUGCACGACGCGUUUUGCUGUCUGUUGCUGUUUAUGGCAGUUUGAUAGUAAUGCUCAUCUUCUUACCCGUCAAACUUGCUAUGCGUCUUGCACCUUCCAUCUUCCCUUUGGACAUCACUAUCUUUGACCCAUUCACUGAAAUUCCUACUGACGUACUACUGUUCCAAAUUUGCAUACCAUUUGCUAUUGAGCAUUUCAAGCUACGGACAACAAUCAAAUCUCUUCUUCGGCAUUGGUUUAAAGCAGUUGGUUGGGCUCUUGGUUUGACUGAUUACUUGCUGCCACCAUCCGAAGGAAAUGGCAAUCAAGAUGCUGGCAACAUGGAAGCAGUGAGACGAGACAGAUUACAUGUUGCUCGUCAAGGUGGUGCUGGUGAGAAUGAUCAGCCUUUGGUACCGAGAAUUGCUGCUGAAGAUCAUCUAGGUACGGUUGAUAUUGUUGGAAAUGCUGAUGCUGCUGAAGAAUCUGAUGUAGAUGAUCCAGCAGAUUCUGAGUAUGGUUUUGUUCUUCGUAUUGUCUUAUUGCUGGUCUUGGCGUGGAUGACACUUUUGCUUUUCAAUUCUGCAAUGAUCGUCCUGCCUGUCUCCCUUGGGCGUGCACUCUUUAAUGCUAUUCCUAGGCUUCCAAUUACUCAUGGUUUCAAGUGCAAUGAUCUCUUUGCUUUCAGUAUUGGGUGUUACAUCAUCUGGAUUGUUGUAGCUGGAACAAGGUAUUCAGUUGAUUAUAUCAAAACCCAUAGAGUACAUGUUUUGGUAUUGCAGAUAUGGAAAUGGUGUGCAAUUAUACUGAAGAGCUCUGCCCUCUUGUCAAUAUGGAUCUUUAUCAUCCCAGUGCUUAUUGGCCUCUUGUUUGAGCUUCUGGUGAUUGUGCCACUGAGGGUGCCUGUGGAUGAAAGCCCAGUUUUUCUCCUGUAUCAGGACUGGGCUUUAGGCCUUAUAUUCCUGAAGAUCUGGACUCGCUUGGUGAUUUUAGAUCAGAUGGCACCACUAGUUGAUGAGAACUGGCGCAGGAAGUUUGAAAGAUUAAGAGAGGAUGGCUUCUCACGCUUGAGGGGACUCUGGGUGCUGCGUGAGAUUAUGAUUCCAAUCAUCUCAAAACUGCUGACCGCACUCUGCAUCCCCUAUGUGUUCGCAAAAGGCAUCUUCCCCGUCUUUGGCUAUUCAUUGAUAGUAAACUCUGCGGUGUACCGGUUUGCCUGGCUGGGCUGCUGCCUCUUCAGUUUGUUGUGCUUCUGUGCCAAGAGGUUCCAUGUCUGGUUCACCAAUCUUCACAAUUCCAUCAGGGAUGACAGAUACCUCAUUGGGCGUAGGUUGCAUAACUUUGGGGAGGAGAUCACAAAUGAACCAGAGACCUGGUCCCAUGUCCAAGACUUGAACUCUUCUGAUAAUAAUUUAAUUCACCACGAACAAGAAGCUGAGAUUGGACUGAGGUUCAGACAUGCUAAUCAGCGCCCUAAUCGACAAUAGAGACAAGCACUUGUAUCUGGAAGAUGCUUUGAAACACUCUGCUGCUGAUUCUAGCAUUUGUCAAGUUGAUAAUACUAAAUGGUGUUUUGACAGUUUAGGACAAAGAGUGUCGACUUGUUCCCUGUUUAUCGAGAUCAUGAGAAAGAAAAUUAUUCUGAACUCUGUAGUUAGGGGCUUUAUCGAGUCAAAUUGCAUGUAAUGCUGUUGUAAAUGUAUGUAGGGUCUUCGGCCUGGUAUUGUGGGUUCUUUAAGUAAAACUGUAGCUUGAAUUCAA